CGCGAGGACAUGAUAAUGUUCGUGGAAAGAAACUUGGAAAUACCAAUCGAGCUCCUCGACAAAUUCUUCUACACCCGCCUGGUCUUCCUGCUGAAAAUCAACCGCCGCGAAACGUUCUACUGCGCUUACAUGAACUCCAGGCGCAUUUGCACUCCCAAACAAAUCCACCCCGGAGAUUCCCUACCGAAAUUCCGCCCCUUCAAAGACAUCAUGAAUUACUUAGACAAAGAGGCGGUCGGGUACGUCUUGACGCCGCCCCACGUCUACUACCCCACUAGAGAUAGAAGUUCGACCGCUGUCACAGGACUGGAGGUUUCUUUGCUCGAAGUCUUCAGCAAACUAUACAAUUUCUCCUACGAAUUGAUACCUUUUAUGACCGUUACCGAUGAUAAAGGAAGCUACGUGGAACCUCUUUUAACCAGCAUAAAAAAAGGGAACAUAUCGUGGGGCAUUGGGGCGAUAUUCGAGAACGAAAAGCGGAUCGAGGACUUCGAUUUGUCCAAAUGCGUAUUCAUCGAAGGCUAUACAGCCGUGUUCAGCAAGACAUUCGAGAGACCAGAAUUGUGGAAAUUUAUGUACAAAAACGCAAUGUACCACGUUACAUCGAUAACAGGCGGUAUUUGCACUUGCAUGGGAGCCUAUUUCUUCCUGAAGUUUCGCUCGUUUCGAAUCUACGUUCGAUUGAUUUUUCUACCGUUGUACGAGCAAAACCAACCCUUUGGGGCCCUCAAAUCGACGCCCAUGAGGAUUCUAUUCGCUACUUGGUGGCUGAUGUGCUACGUGCUGAUCAUCUCGUACAAAACCUACCUGUUCGGCAGCAUGUUCAGGGCACCUUACCCCAUUAACACUGUGGAGGAUCUGGUGCGGGAAGGAUUCACGUUUAAAGCUGUAGAUGUGGAUUAUAUUUACAUAGAAUCGCAAUGUAAACACACCCCAACGGACUUCUGCGAGAUACUCCUGCCGAGAUUUACGUACACAAACGAUUCUUGCGAGGGUCUCAGGGGAAUGUUUGAGGAAAAGUUCGCUUUCAUCGGGGAAUCCUACACUUUGUUAUACCAGGUUAACAGGAAGUGUAAAUUGAGCCUGGAAGAGCAGAGCCAGAUGAAGUCGUCCAAAAACUUGGUGUUCGGGAUCCAGUUUCACGUGUGGCCUAUGAAUAAAAAUACGAUUCUAACGAAACCUCUGGCUGAAACGGUGCGGUUGCUGGAACAGGCCGGUUUGUACAACAAAUGGCUGGAUAACGAGACGAGAUACGGCACAUUUAAAAAGCCUGGAAUGGGGAAGUUGAGGAAACAGAGGAAAUUGAGAGUGCAAGAUGUAAUGUUGCCCAUUUACGUGCUUUUAGUGGGUUAUGUGGUUUCUACAGCAGCGUUUCUACUGGAACACUACAAGCAAAAAAUCCGAAAAAACAGCAUAUUAAAAAACAAAACGAUUUUUCACAAAAGAUUUACUCAAUUGUAACAAUAAAUUCAGCAAUGAUUGAUUACACUUAAAAAUUGUGCGUGUAGCAAAAUCACAUUAACACAAAGUGUUUCCCACAAAAGAUUAAUUUGAGCGAAAUUUAGUACAUAUUUUAUGAGUACACGAAACACUUUGUAUACAGUGAAUUUGCUUGAUUAUUGUGAUGUUAAAUAUUUGCACUCCGAAGGCCACUUUAUCACAGGCGAUUGCUUAUUAAUUAUCGCUUAUAAUCUAUAUUUCCUUAGAAUUAUGAAUGUAAGUAAUACGAAAAAUAUUUGUAUAAAGAGAGAAUAUCAUUAACUGGUUCGAGUGUAAAUUAUACUAACAAAUUGCUGCAAUAAUUAUUCAUUUUUUACGUACAAAUCUGCGAUUGUGCUUACGUAUUAAUUGCUCUAAAAAUAAUUGAAUUAUUUUUUAUAUAUAUAUUACUAUUAAAGG